AUGACGGAUCCAGAGCUCUCGUGGAAGAAGUGGAACGUACGAUCACCCAAGGACGAUCCGCAGCAACCCAUCAGGGAGCCAGGAUCCUACAACACGACGCUCCUUCCCUUGAAAUUCGAACCUUUGCCGCUUGGUCAAGUCAAACCGCUGGGAUGGCUCAAGCAGCAGUUGGAUCUGAUGGCUGAUGGCUUGCCGGGCCAUUUGCACGAAUUUUAUCGGCUGGUGAAAGAUGCGCCUUGGCUCGGAGGCGACCAGGAAUAUUCGUGGCUCAACGAAGCGUGGCCGUACUCCUACAACGCCCUGGUGCCGCUGGCGUGGCUGACGGAUGACGCUCGGCUGAAGCACCACAUUCUUCGCGUCACCGACUGGGUCAUUUCCCACCAACAUGCCGACGGCUGGCUGGGGCCCGAGACGGAGCUGUCCCGGCGCAAUUUCUGGGGAAGGUAUCCUUUGUUCCUUGGAUUUAUGCAGCUGGUCGAGGCCGAGCCGGAGUUGGGCGAGACGAUGAUCUUGCCCGCGAUGCACCGCUUCGUGAGGCUCAUGGAUCGGAUGCUCUCGGACAACCACCAGGGCUAUGUCUGGAAGCCGGGCGACCAGUUCGACGAACAAUGGGGUCGGUCGAGGGCGGCGGAUAUGGUCAUGGCCCUGCAGUGGCUGUACGAAAGGUACCCCAUGGACAACGAGAAGGAGAUCCAUCGCUGCAUCGUCCACAUGUACGAGAUGGCCUACGAUUGGGCGUAUUGGUUCAACGAGGACAACUAUCUGAAGAACGACCUGGAUACGUACCCGGUCGCGUUGACCGAUAGCUUGUUUCCCUACGUGCAUGGGGUCAAUGCGGGCCAAGGGCUGAAAUGGGCUGCUGUUAUGAGGAGACUGGUGCAGGACGACGCGUUGCUCAAUACGACCAGGAACGGAGUCAAUUGGACCUUCCAGUACCAUGGGACGCCGUCUGGCGCGGUCAUCGGCGACGAGCGCGAGGCCGGGCUGAGUCCUGUUCGUGGUACGGAGCUCUGCAGUGUCGUUGAGACAAUGUUCUCCCUGAACUAUCUCUACCAGGCCGUGGGAGACCGCGACUUUGCCGACAAGUCCGAGCUGGCGGCCUACAAUGCUCUUCCUGUCAUGUUCAUGCUACAUUGGUGGGCGCACCAGUAUAUUGCCCAGACGAACCAGCCGAUAAGUCAUCGACUCGACGCUUCUCCUUUCUGGAACGUUGGUCCAUGGGGUCAAACUUUUGGCACAGAGCCGAACUUCCCCUGUUGUACUGUCAACAUGCAGGGGUAUUCGAAAUGGGUGCCGGCUUCGUUUGUGAAGGUGGGAGACGAUGGACUCGCGCAUGCUUUGCUCGGCCCAGCACAUGUCAGUACGACGCUGAACAACCGAAACAAGAUCCGGAUCAAGUGUGAUACGAAUUAUCCCUUUGCCAAUUACCUCAACUACGAGAUCAAGGCCAGGUCCGCUUUCAAGUUUUCGUUCCGAGUGCCCGGGUGGGCUGUCUUGAAUGAGAGCAAUCUUUGGGUCGACUCGGGCAAGGCUCACCGUCUCGACCCAGACAGCGCUACGGGCUUGCACACCAUGGUCAUCCCAGCCGGCCGAACACGGAUUGAAGUCAUGUUUGGUGCACAUUUACGCGUUGAGCAGCGGGCGAAUGAUACUGUAUCGAUAUAUCACGGCGCACUGCUCUAUGCACUGCCUAUUGCCGGGGACUAUUCCUACACUCGACCAUCCCGGUACCCGGGAGAUUCAGCUCCUCCACGGGCUAGAGACUGGACUAUCCUACCUCGAGACCCAUGGAAUCUGGCAAUCGAUAUCUCGACAUUGAAGUUCUAUGAGUACCCGAAUCGUUACGCCGAGUCGUUGCCACAUCCGAUAUGGCACGAGGAACGACCGCCUGUGAGUGUAUCUGCCCUGGCAUGUGAGAUCGACUGGGAGUUGAAGGACGGGUACGCGCCCAAUCCGCCACCUCGAGGACAACGCAAUUGUACCGGCAGAGCGUUUCCGGUAGAGUUGAGACCGUAUGGCAGCGCCAAACUGCACAUGGCCGAAUUGCCAACUGUGGAUUUGAGGCCUGGGAGCCACGAUCUCUGGCGGCCUGAGAGGGAGAGGGAGGAGGAGGAGGAGGAGCAGCAGCAGCAGCAGCAGACGCUGGGGCGGGAAGGCUACAAAAUGGAGAUGUAG